AGGGUAGAUAUGACACGCCCCUCCCAAACUGCGUGCCUUUGGGUACGCUGGGCUAGUAGGGGCAAACUCGUCGGCGCAUUCCGUAUGUGGACGGCAAGAAAAUAUAGGAUACCGACACAUUCUGCCGCAUACGGUUGCGCACAAGUGAGAAUAACCUUUCACCGGUAAAAAUAUUUUAUUUCGACUUUGUUUUCAAAUGCUCUCUAUUAAUAUAAAUCGUUUUUUUUCUUGACACACAAGUGAACCACUUAAGAAUCGGCUAAAUAAAUUAGCAAGUUACGACUCAGUUUCAAUGUCCAUGCAUUGUCUUGUAUGGGAACGUCGCCUCUGCCAACAUGGCCGCUACGUUGGCACGUUGUUUAGGUGACUUCCUUAGCGCGCUGACUGGCGGAUCUAGUCUUUUAUUCAAAUCUGUGGGGAGUUUUAUCGAAAAGCUGCCAUAAUAUCAAUUUCAGAGGUGUAAGACGACCUUGCAUUUAAUUGUGUAAUCAAGGCACAUGGCAAUUAUAUUGAACUUCUGAAUGAUUAUGUCGAAAAGCCAACUUUUCGGUUUUUAAGUUAGCCUGUUAGCUGCAAUUGUGUUAUCGCGAUCAUGUUACUGCACGGGUGUAAAUAGUCCCACCGUGAAGAUGCUAAUAACUGAGAAUAGGUGUAUGUUUUGAACGAAUGUGACCAUGGAUCGGAAGAAAAGGAGACUGGAGAGUCAACUGUGUGCAGCAGUGAACAAUGGAGAACCUAGAUCUGUGAAGCUACUUCUGUCCCAGGGUGCAAUCCCAGACCUUGUGGGGAGUAAGGGGGUGGCUGCAAUACAUUUGGCUGUGGGCAAAGAGACUGAAAAGAACAUGCGAUGCUUGAAACUGCUACUGCAACAUGGUGCAGACCCAAAUGUUAAAUCAUCAGAUGGCCUAACUCCCCUUCACGUUGCUGCAAUUUGGGGAUGCUAUCAGAAUCUGAAGCUGCUUUUGAUGAAUGGUGGGAAUCCCAACAUAAAAGAUAAGGAAGGAAAUACACCAGUGCACCUAGCAGAACAAGAGGACAACAGAAGGUGUGCUCAGGUUUUACAGGAGUAUCUGUGCAGCUCUGUGGGCACGGAAAAGGAGGACCUGCCUCAAUUCAAAUACUCAGUAUAUUCCGACCACAAAGACACAUCCGGCUAUCCUGAAUCUGGCGACAGCUUCACUUCCCAGUCGUCUAUGAUCAGUGACCUUGGUGAAGCCCCUUUAAGCAGCACAAGGCGGUCAUCAUUUUUUAUCAACUCGAACAUAAAUGGAAGGACACUUUGCAAAGAAAUAAUGUAUAACAAACUCUUUGAUGGGGACACUGAACCACAACAUAAUCAGAACUGUACCACUUUCUUACACUGGACAUCUGAAGAUGCCUCCCUUUUAUCAAGUACUCGCAUGUCUACAGCGGGACCCACAAUACCAUUUCCAAAGGGGAAUGAUUUGUUCGCUGAUGAUGAUGUGCUUUUGUCAGAGGGGGGUGUACUUAAUCUACCCACAACAAAUGGACGAAUCACUCCCACCAAACUAGACAUGCUUACCACAUAUCUGUCCAGACAACCGAACCGUAAAAGUGUCAGUUUCUGUAAUGUCGAUGAAUAUUUUCCUGUUUUCAGCCCAGAAUCUCCCACAAAGAUGCCGGCCGUUGAUGGUACACAGUGUAAUGGAAGCAUGUCGUUCAACCCUUCUGAGUACUCUACCUUCCUGGAUUCAGAACGAUUGGCAACUGUUCUACCCCAGCAGGGCAUAGAUGUCACCUCACCAGACCAUGUCUUUGUUUUCUGCCGGGAGAUUAGUGAAAGCACAGACGAAGACAUGGAGAAAACAGUCAUUAGUCACUCUACUUUGCAACACAGUGAUUGUAAGGGGGAUGCAGGUGUCAAAGAAGCUCAAGAGAAUAUAGAACAGCCAGCACAUUGUAGUGGAGGCAGCAGUAGUUAUAGUAGUUGUGAAAGUGACCAUUUCAGCAGUGCACUGGAUAUUUUCAUGCAUCCUAAACAGCCAUCUCUAUCUGAAGAAACUGCCAAAUAUGCUGAUAGAGAUGUCGCACAAGCUCAAGAUGAACCUCCAGUUGAUGUGUUUAAACUUGAUAAACAGAGCUUGACUGAGGAUAAUUAUCUAAGCAAUAAUGUGGCUAAGGCUUGCAUUGAUUCUGCUGUAAUUGCUUUAAGUGAAGCAGACCACCCAUUGGAAGACAUUCAGUUAGGGAAUCCAGCUGAAGGCCAAGAACAAUUUACACCAAGUCCAUUUGUAACAGGCCGGACAAAAUCGAGGCAGAGUCGCUGCUCACUUAACACUAGCAGAACCCCCGAGAGCCUCUUAAGCACCUCUUGUCUAUUUGAGGAGACUUUACGGGAACCAAUACGAACUCGGCAAGCAACUCACAGAUUUCAGAAAAACAUCUCCUAUAGUUCACCACGUGCUCAAUGCUUCACAUCAUCAAAUUCAAAGAGUAGCACAGGACCAGACUCCUUUCCCAGAGACUACCCAGAUACUCAGUCCAGCACCCUGAGAACAGGUUCAUGUAUGAUCUUGAGCCAGCCUGAUACCCUUAUCCUCCCCAAAAGCAUCAGUGAUACAUUUGUUGAGUCACAGAGUCUUUGUGACACAGUUAUUCUAGAGGAAAAUCACAAUUCCUCAAUGGAUUUCUAUGAAAUAAAUCUUGCAGAGGUUAUCCAGGCCCUCCAAGGACAAGAGUUUGGACUUUCUGAAGGUAGGGAUUUUUUGACAGAUGAUGUGACAAGUACGGAUGAGGCAAAAAAGAAGGCAAAUGAUCCACCUGAAGUACGUUACCAGCAACAGGAAGACGUCAGGAUUACGGGGGACGCUAGCUCUCAGACGGAAUCUGUUUCGUCUUCAUCCAGCUCCAGCUAUUUUUCCCCAAGGAGGUCAAGGGAAGACUCAGACAUUCCGUGCACUCCAGGGACCGGAUGCACUCCCAGAUACAGCAUGAGUCGGCUGUCAACUCACUGCAGGUCACAGCACCUGGCCAACCUGUCUUACACCCCUGGAGGGCGUCCGCACAUUGAGGAUGCAGAUGAACCAGUGGAGUACCUUUACACUGAUACGGAGCAGGGUCACAAACUUAUUGAGGCCCACAUUCCACCUACGGCUAAUACCUCAUGCAACUCCAGCAUGAGUACCACUAGCAGUGAAGAGACCAUCAUCUAUGACUGGCGCUCCAUGCAUGCCGAUAUACGAGACUGCAAGGAAAACCGGAAGCCAUCGGAGAUCCCCAAUAACAAGAAGGUAAAUGAGGUUGAGUGCAGAUUGUUGCUAGAGACCGAUGGGAUAACGGAUAAGGAGCUCAGACGGAGGUUAAUAGAGGUGGGUGAGAGUCCUGGGCCUAUUAGCCGUCGAAGCAGGCCAGUCUACAUACGAAGGCUGUGCCGCCUGUUGCAGGGGUCAAACUCUAAACCAUCACAGCAUCAAGAUCAAGUGGAACAGCCACAAACUGCACCUUCAGGUUAUACCGCAGAACUGAAUCUGGCCCUGAAAACUUUUAAGCUGCCUGACUGUCAGGAUGACGAGCAGGCCUUGUGCCAACAAUUUGACCAACCGGAUCAGAACAGAAAGUGGAGAGAGGGCAUUAUCAAGUCCAGCUUUAACUACCUGCUGCUCGACCCAAGAGUGACAAACAAUCUUCCAUUCCGGAGUCAUAGCAUGACUCCACAGGAGUGUUUCCAGACAUUUGUCAAUGCCAUCUUUUAUGUGGGAAAAGGAAAACGCUCACGCCCCUACAGUCAUCUUUAUGAGGCGUUGGAGUUCUACAAAGGGGAUAAAACCUCUAAGAAACUGUGCCCCAAAGUGCAGCAAAUACUUCAGGUAUGGAAUGCUGAGCAGGGCGUCAUCUCACUGCAUUGCUUCCAGAACGUCAUUCCAGUGGAGGCUUACACAAGAGAGGCCUGCAUGGUGGAGGCAAUCGGGUUGAAGAUGCUCACGAACCUGAAGCGUGGGGAUUUCUAUGGUGUGGUGUCAAAUUGGCAGCUGAAGAAAAAGCGUGAGCUGGGUGUCCAUCUGCUUUAUCGGGCCAUGCAGAUAUUUUUGGCUGAAGGUGAGCGACAGCUCCGGCCAGCAGACAUCAGACAGUAAUAAGCAAACAGAAAAUAGACUUCUUGACACAAACUCAAAUUCAAACUUAAACUAUUUGUGAUGGCCUUUGAUCCCGAUGAUCCUUGAACAAAACCUGGAAUUACUUUAUUGUUGGGAACAUAUGAGGACAGACAUCUACUCCAGUGAUUUCCAACCUUUAUGGAGCCAAGGCACAUAUUUUACAAUUAAAAAAUCUCACAGCACACCAAGAAACAAAAAUGUCACAAAAAGUAGAUUAAUGAAUUACUGUAUGUACUUUCUGCCAUCUCAUAGAAGAGCAUUCAUUUUUUCUGUCUGUCACUAUGCCUCACUGGCAUAAAUAGAUGAACAAAGAUACAUCAUUUCUUGUAAAUAAGUAAUUUUUUGAGCAGUUAUGUAAAAUUUUAUGAUUUCCCACAGCACACCUGAAGAGCGCUCACGGCACACUGUGCCCCAGCACACUGGUUGAGAAUCACUGAUCUACACUCUCUCACACGCACGCACUCACGCACGCACUCACGCACGGACGCACGCACGCAAAACAGUAUUCUUUUUUUAUUUAUGUUAAACACAACGUCCCAACUUCAUUGGAAUUGGGGUUGUGUGUGUAUCUCUCUCUCUCUCUCUCCUCUCUCUCUCUCUCUCUCUCUCUCUCUCUCUCUCUCUCUAUAUAUAUAUAUACACAUAUAUAUAUAUGUGUAUAUAUACACAUAUAUAUAUAUAUAUAUAUGUGUAUAUAUACACAUAUAUAUAUAUACACACACACAGUGAGUACGGAAAGUUUCCAGACCACCAUAAAUUUUUCGCCAUUUGUUUCGCCAUUUGUUAAAAUCAUUUAAGUUCAUUUUCCUCAUUAAUGUACACACAGACCCCAUAUUGACAGAAAAAAAACGUAAUUGUUGAAAUUUUUGCUGAUUUAUUAAAAACGAAAAACUGAAAUAUCGCAAAGUAUUCAGACCCUUUGCCGUGACACUCGUAUUUAACUCGUGGGGGCAUUGAGUCCCUGCGGCCCCCAACGGGUGGCCAUUUGUCAGGACGUCUCGGUGGGGCCGGCGGACCGCCCUGGUCCCUUGGUGUGGGACGUGUCCCGUCCAGCGGGCUGCUCUCAGGUGGACCCCUGGGCCUGAUCCCGCCCCUCGAUUGAUUGGGUGGGGUCCUCAGCCUCCGCGGUACGGGCAUAGCAAUUACAGGACACUUUGUGCGUGUAAAACGGUGUCAAUUCACUUGCAUGCGUCCGCAGGCACACACCCCUGGGACUCUUUCACUGGGUGUGGGGUAAUGCACUUACUGCGACAAAUAACUCAUGAAUAUGCAAAUCGCUUGUGUAUCCCCUCACUUAUACUCUCUUUCUAUAGACUUUUAUAAUUUACAUAGUCAAUCCCACCGCACUUCAGUUGUACAGCCGGGUUCAUGACCCUUGUCCUGCAUGCUUCUUCUCCUGUCCUUGUCGGGUUCUAGCUUGUCCUGUCCUUCCCUCACAUGGUGUAGCACUACGGGCCCAUGCAACAUUCAUAUUCAAUGUUUCAUUGUUGUAGAUAAACUUUUCUCAUCUUGUUUACAAUUAGUGCUUUGUCUUUUGUCUUCGUUUGUCUCUCUCCCCUCUAGAAACUUUGUUCUAUUCGACUCUGAUUCUCAAUAAACUUCAAUUAUAAUACUAAGAAACCACAGCGGAAGCUUAAAAACUCCACUGUGACACAGUAAAAAACUGUUCCGGCAUAAAAGGGAUACAGAUCCUCCAUUCUGAUUAACCUAACAGCCGAACAGGACCAAAAAAAUAUAAUUGUAAGCGGUAUGUGUGGACAAAUCCAGGUACUGCUCAUCACCUGUCCAAUACACUCCCACCAGUGAAGCAUGGUGGUGGCAGCAUCAUGCUGUGGGGGUGUUUUUCAGCUGCAGGGACAGGUCGACUUGUUGCAAUCGAAGGAAAGAAGAAUGCGGCCAAGUACAGGGAUAUCCUGGACGAAAACCAUCUGCAGAGUGCUCAGGACCUCAGACUCGGCCGAAAGUUCAGCUUCCAACAAGACAAUGACACUUAGCACACAGCUAAAACAGCUGUUCUUGAAUGGCCCAGCCAGAGCCCUGACUUAAACCCAAUUGAGCAUCUCUGGAGAGACCUGAAAAUGGCUGUCCUCCAACGUUCACAUCCAACCUGACAGAACUGGAGAAGAUCUGCAAGGAGGAAUGGCUGAUGAUCCCCAAAUCCAUCCAUCAAUCCAUCCAUUUUCUGAGCCGCUUAUCCUCACUAGGGUCGCGGGAGUGCUGGAGCCUAUCCCAGCUAACUUCGGGCAGGAGGCGGGGUACACCAUGUAGUGUUUGCCAACCAAUCGCAGGGCACACAUAAACAAACAACCAUUCGCACUCACAUUCACACCUACGGGCAAUUUAGAGUCUUCAAUCAACCUACCACGCUUGUUUUUGGGAUUUCCUCCCACAUCCCCAAAUCCAGGUGUGAAAAACUUGAUGCAUCAUUCCCAGAAAGACUCAUGGCUGUAUUAGCUCAAAAGGGUGCUUCUACUAAACACUGAGCAAAGGGUCUGAACACUUAUGGCUGUUUGAUAUUUCAGUUUUUCUUUUUUAAUAAAUCUGCAAAAAUUUCAACAAUUCAGUUUCUGUCAAUAUGGGGUGCUGUGUGUACAUUGAGAAAAAAAUGAACUUAAAUGAUUUUAGGAAAUGGCUGCAAUAUAACAGUGAAAAUUUUAAGGAGGUCUGAAUACUUUCCGUACCCACUGUAUGUAUAUAUUUUUAUCUGUGUCUAACUCAUACUGCCCCCACGUGGUCAACCUGCGCACAACAGUCCGCAGCACAAUAUGCAUUAAAGGAGAAAGUGACAAACAAAUAUUUUUCAUUCCAUUUAAUUACAUUACUGUAUGUUUAAUAUUAUCGAUGGCUAUUUUUCUCAGAAACAUUACAAACGUGGCACGGUGCACGACUGGUUAGCACAUCUGCCUCACAGUUCUGAUGGCUGGGGUUCAAAUCCCGGCCCGCCUGUGUGGAGUUUGCAUGUUCUCCCCAUGCCUGCGUGGGUUUUCUCCGGGUACUCCAGUUUCCUCCCACAUCCCAAAAACAUGCAGGGUAGGUUAAUUGAAGACUCUAAAUUGCCCUUAGGUGUGAAUGUGAGUGGGAAUGGUUUGUUUGUUUGUAUGUGCCCUGCGAUUGGCUGGCAAUGUACCCUGCCUCCUGCCCGAUGGUAGCUGUGAUAGGCUCCAGCACGCCCGCUACCCUGGUAAGGAUAAGCGGAAUGGAAGAUGAGAUGACAUUACAAACAUUUUGUGUUGUUGUUUUAUUUGGGUGACUGGUUAAUGGCGUCUUUUGGGUGCUUUGAGUUGGGUCAAGGAAUUAAUUAAGCUCACAUCACAAGGCACUACUAUGUAUGGAUUAUUGCAUAAUUGUAUUCUGAUAUUAAAAAUGAUUGGCAAAAUAUUGCAAUUUUAUAUAGUUACUGCACAAUUCCCACCCCUAAGUAGUAGUCUGGAGUGUACCAACCAACCAAAGUGAAACAUUGAUUGCAUAGAUUUCUAACUUUAGAUUAUGAAGCACGCAGACUUUCUUUUGAUCAUAUUUAUAAAAACAUACAUUGUGCAUGGUUCUGCUUUUAUGAAUCUCACUCAUAAAAUAUAGGCACUAGGACAGAGUCUUGGUUCCAUUGCCAGAAUUAACCAUUCAUGGAUGUAGACACACACUCAAUUAGUGGUUCGCUGGUUAGAAUGCUGCCUGGUCUGCCAACCAUGUCACUAAUUAUGUUCCAUGGGCAAGGUUUUCUUCCGAUAGCCGAGCGGAUGUCAUCGGCUUAUUCGCGCAACAUGAAUUCAUUCCGUAGAUCACAAAUUGCAUCACAUUUAUUACAAAACAUUGUCAUUCGCUUGAAUCACUAACAUCAGCAGCAUCGGUUGUAGAAUUUUUUUUUUAAUUGUUUAUUCAAUGACAGCAAUACCAUCAUCUCAACCAUCAUAUGAAAUGCUUUGUUUUGGUUUACAGUAUAUUUCUUCAUGUUUCCUAAUUUAACCUGCUAGUUCCUAGAAGAGAAACCAUUUCAAUUUGUUGGAUUGUUGGAAUAUUGAGAUGUUUAUAAAGCUAGCUGGUACUAGCAACAGUGUUUUGGGGGGGAUUGUUGUACCAGUAUUGGCUGAAUUGUGAAAUGAUUUGUUUACAUUAUUUGACUUUUGAGUUGUAUGUUGUAUCGCUAUUUUUUAGUAAGAUCCCACUAUACACUACGUUAGAGGACUUGAUAACUCCCGGGCGCUUCAGCUACCCCCUGCUCCAGUGUGUGUGUGUUCACUGUGAUGGGUAAAAUGCAGAGAACAAAUUUCAUGUGCAUGCAUGCAUGUUCAUGACAAUAAAGGUGAUUCUUCUUCUACUGUAAUACAAAUUGUCACUGAUGACAACAUGAAUGUUUAUGUACAUCAAAGCAUGUGAUCAUGAAGGGGAGUUGGUCUUGGACAAUACUGAUAAUAUUGUUUAAUAAUCUGAUGUCAUGUGUGAUGUCAAGCAUAAUCAAUUCCCCGAAUUCUGUUUUUUUUGUCAUGACUUUGAUUGUAAAACAGAUUUCUUUUCAUCGUGAUUACCGAUUGUACUCUUUCUACCAUGUUCUUGUUCAACUUUCAAUCUUUUAAUUUGUAUAAAGGAGAAAAAAAACAAUA